AUGAAGGAAGCGGAAUCUUUGGUUAACAAACUUCCCCGUUCGCUAUUUGAAUUCGCACUGCCAACUGGCGAACCCGAAAGGUUAGACUUGGCAAUGUCAGUCGCUGCAGAACUCAUAAGAAUCGCAGCAACGCGUGGUGCAAUGCAUGGGAACGAUAUAUUAAAUCAAGAAGCAGAUCUAACUAUACUAUCUAGAAUUGCAUUUAUUCUCUCCAAACAUCCCGAUUAUCGAGCCGUAGCGGAAUGGUGGUUGUAUAGGCUGGCAGAGUCCAUGGAGCCGUUUGCGAUCCUCUACAUUGUCAACAGACAAUUCGCUGCUGGCCCCAUCAAGAGGACGGUUUUGAUUGAUUACCUGGAAUAUUUCGCUCAGAGGCAUCUGGUUGACGCAAUGGUGCUCUACGGUCAAAUUCUACACGAGAGGCAUAAUCGCACCGAGGAGGCACUCGUUCUUUUCACAGCGGCAAUGGAGAUUUCCGUGCCGACUGCGAGGGAAACAGACAGUCUAGAUCAAGACCUGUACAGUGUCCUCGGCAUCCCCCAAGCUUGGGAGAUGUAUGCCUCCGUGAAAGCGACCACGGGGGAUAAGCAAGGCAUUCGGGAGGCCGUGGAAAUGGGUGCCUUUAAAUUAGACCAUCCUACGGCCUUCAAAUUCCUCGCCAAGAUCGUCGCUGAAGAAGGUCACCUAGACAAAUAUGAAGAAUAUAUGACCAAGGCUGCCAUGGAUUGUGAUGCUGAGGCAUGUCAUGAGCUUGGGUCAUUUUAUUUGGAGCUUUAUUAUGACGGGAAAGGACGAGAUAAACCCCCCGGGCCUUCGAAAGGGCAAGAUGUGUGCCCCAAGGACCUUGUCGCUAGAAAGUACACCAAUAGGGAACUUCUCCAGAAUGCGAUAGAUUGGCUUGAAAUCGCUAGCACAGGUGGUUGGGGCCCCUCUGCCCUCAUCAUGGCCACUCUCCUACGCGAGGAGGAAAAACCUCACAAAGGAUUGCGGUAUCUAAAGAUUGCAGAGGAGGACGAAAAUUCUGCGUCCAGGGCGAAAGAAGUGCGGCUCAUAUAUCUGGACAAGACUUUCAAAUUGAAUAUUGAGCAAGAGAUCUUAAGUAAACAAUUUACAAGGUUUGAUUGA